AUGUCCGACUCUUUCACAAGUUCUUCGUACUAUUACAGUUCCACAAGCAACGGCAGCGACGGCAAGACUACAACCGGACACAGGUAUUCGACAACCUCAUACACCGAGCCCGACGGAACAACAAUCGUACGUACCGCCCAGCAAGAUUUAGGCCAACCAGCAGUCGUUGAAGAGCGACGCUACGACAAUACAGGCCAGGAACAGCUGGCUUUACCAGAGCCCGCAGGUGGUACCUCUGCAGGUGGAGUACGGCGCAUCACCGAGCUAGAGGAUGAUGUUUCAGAUUCCAAAGAUUACACGUCCAAAAAUCCCACGCCCAAUGUCCUGGCUGAUAUUGGGGGUGCGGCGGCUCAGCUCUUGGAUGGGGACGGCGAGGACGAUUCGUUUAAUCUGGUUUCUUCGCCGCUGGGGUCUAGGGUUUAUGACCCCGUGACCGGCACUUAUAAUGACCAAUUCGAGUAUGAUAUCGGUGGGGUUACUAGGCGUCACAAGGAGAUGAGGGAUGCUAGUGGUCGAAAGAUCGGACGGGAUGUGGAUUUUGCUGCAGAUGGCCUUUCGUCUUCGGCAAGGGAGAACCGCCCAUAUGAGAAUCCUAGUACAGGCACUAGGCUGCGGAGAGAAAGUGACGUGGAUGUUAGAAAUGUGCUCUAG